AUGACACGUGUUUUUGAAAAGAAUAACUUGGAUUGGAAUAUAUUUUUUGUAAAAACGUGUUUUUGUUGUCUUUUUUCUCGAAAGUUUCUAAAAACAUUUGUCUGGAUUGGCUUAUUGAUCAAAAGCAAUGCAUAUCCAUUAAGUACUGUAAGAGGAGGGGAUCGUAAUAUACAUAAUGGUGGUUCAUCAAAUAAUGGCAAUUCUCCAAAAGGAUGUCGUUUUCCUUUUGAGAAUCCCGAAUUGGCUGCUGUCACCUCAGAUGGUAAUAUUUUUGGUUGGGCAUUGGGAGCUGGUCCUACAUGUUUACCUGGAAGUCACUGUACAUAUUUUUGCAGGAGUGGAUACUUUGCUCAACCAAGUUCAAAAGUAGAUUUCAGUUCUGGUUUUUCGGAAGGUAGAGUUUUUUGUGAUGAAUCCGGUAAUCUUCAGAUACCCUCUGGUUCUCUCUGUGUUGCUGCACCUCAAAAUAUUUAUGUUCUUAAUCUUUUUGAUACAUCAGCUUCAUAUUGUCAAGAGUCUUUUUCAAAUGGUAUUUUUCAGUUAGCAUCUAAUUAUGUCCCUGGGCAUUCAUUUUCUACAAUAGCAGUUCCUUCGCACGUUGGAUCAAGAUCAUCAUCUUAUUACUUUAAUCCACCAGGAUCAGGCAAUGAUUUAUGUACUAUAGGGAGUCGAUUCUCAAAUCAAGGUGCAUGGUCUCCAUAUACGCUUGAGCUGAGCAGUGAUUAUAAGGGAGACCUUUAUCUUAGACUCGGAUGGAAUCCUAGGUAUACACAUGAUAGUUAUUGGAAGGGAGUUUCUCCCAAUUGGGGCAUAAGGCUUGAUUGCGAAGGUCCUAGCUGCGAUCAUAGUCCUUGUUUUAUUGACCCAUCAAUACAUAAUGUCAAUGAAUGUGAAAAUGCUCAACACGGUUAUUCUGACGCUGUUUUUUGUGGAAUAAAGCUAUCUGCGAGAUCAAGGGCAAGGGUAGUCCUAUUUUCGAAAGAUAAUGUCAAUGACGAACAAAGAUUUCUAAGUGCUCUUCCUCGAUUUGAUUUUGAAGACGCUUCAGAUGAUACAUCGCUUACUGAGAAAGCUCAUGUUCCUGAGUCUCAACAUGAAGAAUAUAAGAGUACUGUAGAUGAUACUAAAGUUUCUGAGCAUCAUGAAUCACAUGAGGAAAAAACAAAAGAUGAACAAAAAAGUGAAGAUAAACAGGGAAGCGAAAAAUCAGAACAUACGAACGACAAAAUUGAUAAUUCGGAACAUAGUCAAACCUCAAAAUCAGAUAAUCCCGAAAAUAAAAAAUCAACAUUUAUUGAUUCACUCUCCAAGAUAGAUUUUAGCAGCAUAACUAACCUAGAGCAAUCAAGUUCUGGGUCAGAUUUUAAUAAAUAUAUUUCUAAAUCUAGUGAUAUAACAUUAAUGCUUUUUCACCUUGAGGGAAGUAAAAAUCAACAUAUGCAUGCUUCUGGUUUAUCGUGUCCUUUAUCGAAUCAUGAUAAUGCCAAUUCUUUGUCUGCUAACUCUCCUGAUUCUGUUCUUGAUGAUUGUGGUCCUACGCAUGGUCUUCUUUUCUUAAGUAAACCAGUAAACUCUGGAUAUAAAUUACUUGCAGAUAAAUUUGAAAAUUAUAUGUCCAGGAUAUCUUUAUUAAUACGAGAUGGCAAUUUUCAAACUUUAGAAUUUGAUAUCCCUAAAAACACAGAAGAAUCGAGUCCUGCUAAUAAUGGGACUAAUCAUGAAAACAGUGCUUAUAUCAUGAGAAAUAAUAUUCUAUGGACGUUAAUCACUGUUCUAGGAAUCAUUAUAUUCUUGUAA